CAGUGGGGUAGGCACCCCUCCAAGCGUCCAAAUCCUCUCAUGACCACGUUGCCAUGAGCUUGGCCUUGAGCAACGCGCCGAAGAAGGGCGCCCUCAGCAACGCUCCCGGGAACUUGGGACGUGAUCCAUCCAGCGUCUCAUCAUAUGCGGGAGACCCGGACUCGGAGGAGGCGAAGUGGUAUCGCUGCGUCUUCGGGAAGACUUCGGUGCCAGAUGCCAUUGACUUAGUCAAGGCCAAAGCCGACCCCAACUGCAGGUUCAAGUACAAGCUCGGGCCCAAAGAGUUCGAUGGUACCCCCUUGACGUUGGCCGUGAAGCUGGACAAGCCUGCAUUGGUGCGAAAGCUCAUCGACUUCAAGGCGGACCCCGCCUCGGAGUAUUCCAUGAGCGCCGGGCGCUUGCGAGUCCAUUGGACCGGUCCGGCGGUGUGCGGCACGGUGGCCAAAGGGAAUUUGGCCAUGAUGAGGCUGCUGGUGGAGUGUGAGGCCAACCUGCAGGGAAGGGUCAUCAGCUUCAACGGUGAGCCGAAUGGCACGUUGCUCUACGAUGCCAGUUACUUUGGCCAUGCGCACUUGGUCCGCUACCUGCUGCAACAGAAGGGAGAGCCUGACCUGGCAGUGAAGUUUCAAGAUGAUAUGAACAUCACCAAGACAGCUCUCCAGAUUUCCUCGAACUUCGGCCAUGAGGAGGUGGUCCGUGUACUGCUGGGCGCCCAAGCGCAGAUUUCGGGACCUCAAGAACUUCGCGAUGCCAUCGACGGAUGCCAUGUGGAGGUGGUCCGGCUACUGGUGCAAGCAGGCGCCGACUUGUUCACGGAGGCCAUCGAUGGAAGUCGGGGCAUUGACUACCUCUUCCACACCAACAACGCUGUGCUCAUCGCUGCAGCGGCCAAGGGCCUCCGGGGCUGUCAAGAGGAUUUGGUGGAAUUCAUGAGCCUUUCGGAUUUCGUGCGCUUCCUGGCCACCCCAGAUGCGGAAGAGAUCCUGUCCGCUGUCUUCCGAAAGUGCGAACUGCGCUACUGGCAAGGUGAGAAGCGCAUUGUUUGGAAGUCGGCCUACAUCUUGCACGGGGACAUGAAUGUGGCUGUCGGGCCGAAGAAGGAUCAGAUGGACCAGCAGUUUCACAACCAGAUGCAAUGCCUUGAGAAAUCCGUGUCAGGGACACCAUCCUUGGUCCAGGAGGAGGAGCUCUUCUUCUCGAAGCUGCUGCCACAUCGCUUCGACAACUUGCCGGACAACUCCAAGAUUCCCGUGGAGAUUUGGCGCAGCUUGCUUCCUGGCCUUCACUGUGAGCCGGAGGUGCUGUGGGUGUUGGCCUCCGGUCUCAACGAAAGGGUCUUCGACGAGAAGGGCGCCCGUGCCAUCAUCGAACUCGCUUGGGAAGAGGCCUCCGUGGCGCAUCUCAUCACCUUCUUACUGGAUCUCAUCGCCGCUCUGCUCUUUUGGGGCUUGGCCUUCUUGCUCAACGACCCCCGACUACAAGAGCCUUUGUACGAUCCUCAGUGGCUCCGGACAGUGGUCCUGCUGAUCCUGAUCUUGAUCUGGAGUCGAAAUGUCCUCAUCGAAGUCAUGCAGUGCGUGGGGUUUCAUGCCUAUGGGAAACUCUGUCAGUACUUCCGGUCGGUUGAGAACCUCGGGGAUGCCCUCAGGAUCGUCAUGACCGGCUUCAGUCAGAUUGCCUUGGCGACCAAUUGGGACAAGGUCCAGGAGAAUCAAGUUUUGCGGAUCAUCUUCGCACUCACGGGCUUCGUCCGAUGGUUGAGGGUGUUGAACACGCUGAAGGGCUUCGAAUCCACUGGGAAACCCAUGCUGCCCAUUCUGCAAGCAGUGCCUGCCACAGUGCCCUUCUUCUUUGUGGUCUUUUGCUGGUUUGCAGGCUUCAUGCACAUGUACUACUCCUUCAACCUGACAGAUUGGUGGAGCUCCGGAAUGAUCAUGUACCGCCUAGGCUUCUUGGCGGACUUUUCGCGGAACGAGCUCAUCACCGGCGUGGACGGCGAUAAGAGGGAUUCCACGGACAAUGUGGUCAUCGAGGACGAGAAGUGGAUCACCUGGGCCGCUGGUCCUUUCAACGCCUCGGCGCGAGUCGCGUGCAUCGGGGCGCGUGUUUGUGUGGCGACUGGAUGA